AUGACAGAGAAUUCUCAAAUCAAUCCUAGGCCUCACCGCCGAAACAACUCCCUUGAUCAAUUCACCGACCCUUUUUCCACAGCAGAGAUCUACUAUGGGCCUGAGACCGAUCCUACCAAAAAACAGACAAAGGGUUUCAAUAGAACUAGGACAAUGAGCGUAUUUGGAAAUGCGUCCCAGUUCAAAAUUGCUGAUUUCACUUCUUUACCAGUUAGAAGACGAGGAUCUGAAGACGACAGUUAUUUAAGCACUAAAGGCAAAAGAAGGUUUUUCAUAGAGGAUGUGGAUGCUACUUUACAGAAGUUGCUUAGUUGUGAAGAUACUGACAAUAAUUAUCAAAUUACUAUCGAAGAUGCUGGGCCUAAGAUGAUUCGAAUUGGAACUGCCAAUUCCAAUGGUUACAAUAAAAUAAGUAUUAAGGGGACGUACAUGCUUUCCAACUUAUUACAAGAACUCACACUGGCUAAAAGCUUUGGGAGGAAGCAAGUUAUGUUAGACGAGGCGAGGUUGAAUGAAAACCCAGUCAAUAGGCUGGAAAGGUUGAUUGCCACACAAUUCUGGAAAUCUUUGACCAGAAGAAUUGAUCUCUAUAACGUAGCAAAAAUAGCAGCGGACACUAAAAUUGACACACCAGCCGCGAAAGUGCCACGGAUUUAUGUGCCUCAUAAUUGUCCUGAUCAGUACGAAUUUUAUGUUCAAGCUUCACAAAUGAACCCAGCUUCAAGCCUUGACGUUGAAUAUUUACCUGAGGAUAUUACUGAGGAGUAUGUGAAGUCUAUCAAUGAUAGACCUGGCCUCUUGGCCCUAGCCAUGGAAAAACAUAUGGAUCCAGCUACAGGCGAAGAGGCUAUGUUCAGUUAUCCUUAUGUCGUACCUGGGGGACGGUUUAAUGAGUUGUAUGGUUGGGAUUCCUACAUGAUGGCAUUAGGUCUCUUGGACAGUGCUAAAACGGACCUCGCACGGGGAAUGGUUGAGCAUUUCAUAUUUGAGAUUGAGCAUUACGGAAAAAUACUUAAUGCCAACAGAAGCUACUACCUUUGUAGGUCCCAGCCUCCUUUCCUUACUGAUAUGGCUUUGAAGGUCUUUGAGAAGAUGGGAGGAAAAAGCAAUCCUGAUGCUAUUUCUCUUCUUAAACGGGCCUUUGCAGCAGCGGUCAAGGAGUAUAAGAGCGUUUGGAUGGCUGCACCUAGACUUGACGAGGCUACCGGCUUGUCAUGUUACCAACCUAACGGUUUAGGGAUUCCUCCAGAAACCGAAGCUGGCCACUUUGAUGCGGUUUUACAAGUGUAUGCUGAUAAACACAAAGUGCCCAUUGAAGAAUUCAGGAACCUUUACAACAAUGGCACUGUCGUCGAACCAGAACUGGAUGAAUACUUUCUUCACGAUCGGGCUGUCAGAGAGUCCGGACAUGACACUACAUACCGUUUUGAUGGUGUUUGCGCUCACCUAGCUACAAUUGACCUCAACUCCUUGUUAUACAAAUAUGAGGUGGACAUUGCAGAACAUAUCGAACUCUUUCAUGAUGGCGAAUUUACUGAUUUAUUGAAUGAAAAGACCGAUACUGCCUACUGGAGGUCGCGCGCAGCAAAAAGGAAACAAAGAAUCACAAAAUACUUAUGGGAUGAGGAAACGGGUUUUUUUCACGAUUACCACAUUAAAUUUAAAGAAAGAAUGACCUAUGAGUCUGCGACCACAUUGUGGGCCCUGUGGGCUGGAGUCGCAACACUCGAACAGGCUCAUUCCAUGGUUACUAAAGCUCUUCCUAAACUAGAGAUGUUAGGAGGCCUCGUGUCAUGUACGGAGGAGUCAAGAGGAGAAGUUUCAAUUGAAAGACCAACGAGACAGUGGGACUAUCCAUUCGGUUGGGCACCUCAUCAGAUCCUCGCUUGGGAGGGGCUCUCCAAAUAUGAUUAUGUUGGAGAAGCACGACGCUUGGCCUACAGGUGGCUUUAUUUGAUGACAAAGGCCUUUGUAGAUUACAAUGGCAUUGUUGUGGAAAAGUACGAUGUUACCAAAGGAACGGAUCCUCACCGGGUAGAAGCUGAAUAUGGUAACCAAGGCGCGGAUUUUAAAGGGGUGGCGACAGAAGGGUUUGGCUGGGUGAACACCAGUUACGUACUGGGACUAAAAUUUAUGGAUACAUCUGCCAGGAGAGGACUUGCUUCAUGCAUUAGUCCAGAUUCAUUCUUUUCUAAUUUGAAGCCAGAGCAUAGAGGUAAGUAUGCUAUGCCAUGA